ACCUCUGCGAACGGCGCCCCGCUGGUGCCAGCACAGCGGCUGGAGUUGCACACCUGCUGAUACCGACAGCACACCGGCCGCACAAUGGGCGCCUCCGCUUCUACUGAGUUUCAGAAGGAGGCAGUGUUUCACAUCAAUGGAAAGAAGUAUCAAGUGGACAACACAGUUCCUGUGGGUACCUCAUUGAACACUUACAUAAGAAAUUAUGCCAACCUCAAAGGAACUAAAGCAAUGUGCCAUGAAGGAGGCUGUGGAACAUGUAUUGUUAUGGUUACAAAGAAACAUCCUGUCAGCAAAAAAGUGGAAUCAUUUGCGGUCAAUUCUUGUUUGAUGCCAGUAUUUUCAUGCCACAACUGUAGAAUAACAACAGUUGAAGGAAUUGGCAAUAAAAAAAUGGGGUAUAAUUUAGUGCAAAAGACACUUGCUGCUUUCAAUGGUACACAGUGUGGGUACUGUUCUCCUGGAAUGGUUAUGAACAUGUACAGUCUGUUGCAGAGGGGAAAAGACAUUUCAAUGGCAGAUGUUGAAAACUCUUUUGGUGGAAAUAUUUGCCGCUGCACUGGGUAUCGCCCAAUACUUGAUGCAUUUAAGUCUCUUUCCUCUGAUGCUUCAACAGAACUUAAAGGCAAAUAUCCAGAUAUUGAGGAUAUAACUCAAAAGAUUUGUACAAAAAAUGGGAAACCAUGUAAUGAAAAAUGUGCCAAUGACAGUGACACAUGCAGUCAACAGAAUGUGCUCUCAGCACUGCAUUUGGAAACACAGUCUUCAGAAUGGUUUAGAGUUGAUAAAAUUGAUGAUAUUUUCAAUAUUCUAGCUACAAAAUCUGAUAAAAAAUACAUGCUUGUAGCAGGCAACACAGCUCAUGGUGUAUAUCGAAGGAAACCUGACAUUGAACUAUUCAUCGACAUUAGUGAUGUUGAGGAGCUCAAGAAAUUCAAUAUUGAUUCAGAGAUAACAAUUGGUGGAAAUAUGUCUCUAACUGAAGUUAUGGAGCUAUUUUAUGAUAUUUCAAAAUCAAACAAAAAUUUUAGCUACACCAAAAUGCUUGCAGAUCACAUAGACCUCGUGGCAAAUGUUCCAAUUAGAAAUGCAGGAACAGUUGCUGGAAAUCUGUCAAUUAAACACAUGUACCAAGAGUUUCCAUCUGAUAUUUUUCUCAUUCUGGAAGCUGCAGAUGCUAGGAUCAAUAUAGCUGACAAGAAUGGAGGUCAAAUUUCUGUCAGUCCAGCAGAGUAUUUGAAAACUGACAUGAACCACAAAAUUAUUAAAAGUAUAACAUUGCCGUCCUAUGAUGACAAUUACUAUUUCAAGACAUAUAAGAUCAUGCCAAGAGCACAAAAUGCUCAUGCCUAUGUAAAUGCUGGUUUUCUAUUCAAAUUGGACAUGAAGAAUGUGGGAAAAGUGAUUUCAAAACCAAGAGUUGUGUUUGGUGGAAUCAGUCAUGAUCUGAUACAUGCUACAGAGUUAGAAAAGUAUCUUGAAGACAAAAAUAUAUAUGAAAUGAGCACACUUCAAAAGGCUCUCAGAAUUCUGGAUUCUGAAAUACAGCCCAAAAAAAUGCCACCUGAAGCCUCUCCUGAAUACCGCAAAGGUUUGGCACUAGCUUUAUUCUACAAGUUUGUGCUGAGCAUGUCCCCUGAGAGCUUGAAACCAAACCUGAGAAGUGGGGGUGAAAUGCUAAAGAGGCCACUUUCUUCUGGAAAACAGGAAUAUGACACAAAGAAGGAAUUGUGGCCAUUAGGAAAACCGGUAUCAAAACUUGAAGCUCUGUCUCAAUGUUCUGGAGAAGCAAAAUAUGUAAAUGAUGUGCUCACCAUACCAGAUGAAUUGUACUGUGCAUUUGCUGUUACAUCUAUUGCAAAUGGUCACAUAAAAGAUACAGAUCCCAGUGAUGCCUUGGCUGUUCCUGGGGUGGUGGCAUAUUAUGAUGCAAAAGACAUUCCAGGAAAGAACAACUUUUACCCAAAAUCUAUCUUCAGUUUUACUGAGGAGGAGAUAUUUUGCUCUGGAAAUGUAAAGUACAAUGGACAACCAGUAGGAAUGAUUGUGGCAGAAUCACAUGAUAUUGCUGUUGAAGCUGCCAAAUUGGUGAAGAUAAAUUAUGAUGUUGUUAACAAACCCAUUCUUCACUUAAGAGAUGCACUAAAAUCUGGAGAAAAGAGCAGGGUUAUGGUGAUUGGUGAAAUUAAGCCAACUGAUCCUGAAAAAAGAAAAAAGACAAAACAUGUCAUUCAAGGCAGCUUUGACAUUGGCUCUCAGUAUCACUACACUAUGGAAACGCAAUGUGCUGUGUGCAUUCCAAUAGAAGAUGGUAUGGAUGUUUAUCCUGCUACACAGUGGAUGGAUGAGACUCAGAUAGCAAUAUCAGAAGUUCUUAAAAUGCCAGAAAACAGCAUAAAUGUCCAGGUGAGAAGACUUGGUGGAGCCUAUGGUGCUAAAAUUUCACGGAACAUGUUGGUUAGCACAGCUUGUGCUCUAGCAGCACAUCUUCAGAACAGGCCAGUUCGCUUCAUUCUUCCACUUGAAACAAACAUGGAAUCAAUAGGAAAAAGACAUGACUGUGCUAUAGAUUAUGAAGUUGGAGUGGAGGAUGAUGGAACCAUAACAUACAUGGAAGCAAACUUGUACCAUAACUGUGGGGCUUCAGCCAAUGAUAGUCCUGCUCUUUUUGCCCUUGGCCAUCUAGAGAACUGCUAUGACAAAAGUACAUGGAAAGUGACAGCUAGUGCUGUCUUGACAGAUUUACCGAACAACACAUGGUGUAGAGCUCCAGGUUCUGCUGAAGGUACUGCAUUCAUUGAAAACAUUAUGGAACAUAUUGCAAAAGAACUUGGAAAAGAUGCUAGUGAGGUGAGGUUGAAGAACCUGCCCAAAGAUGAUACAAAAAUUGCUGACAUGGUCCCAUAUUGGAAGACUAAAUCAGAUUAUUCUAAUAGGGUAUUGGCUAUUCAAGACUUUAACAAGAAUAACCGCUGGAGAAAAAGAGGGAUUUCAAUUGUACCUAUGAGAUAUGGAUUUCAGUAUUUUGGCAAUUUUAGUGCAAUAGUGUCAGUUUAUCAUCGUGAUGGAACAGUCUCAGUCUCACAUGGAGGAAUUGAAUGUGGACAGGGAAUAAAUACUAAGGUUGCUCAGGUUUGUGCAUAUGCACUUGGAGUGCCACUAGAGUUUGUGAGUGUAAAGCCAAGUAAUGUUCUGACAGCCCCUAACAAUGUAGUCACAGGUGGAAGCAUUGCAAGUGAGGCAUGUGCAUAUGCUACACUGCGUGCUUGUGAAGAACUUUCAAAGCGUUUGGCUCCUGUCAAAGCAAAGCUCAAAGACCCUUCUUGGCAGGAGCUUAUUGCUGCAGCAUAUUCAGCAAAUGUUGAUCUCUGCUCAACAUUUAUGAUGUAUGCUGGGAUCACAGAUGCCCUAAAGCAGUACUACAUUUAUGGAGUAACUGUAGCUGAAGUGGAAGUUGAUGUACUAACAGGACAACAGCAGAUACUACGUGUAGAUAUACUGGAAGAUGCUGGAGAAAGCAUGAGCCCAGAGGUUGAUAUAGGCCAAGUAGAAGGAGCCUUUGUGAUGGGUCUUGGCUAUUGGUUAAAGGAAUUCAUGGUUUAUGAUGAUGACACUGGAAAGGCAUUGACAAACCGAACCUGGAACUACAAACCUCCUGGAGCCAAAGACAUCCCUAUUGACUUCAGAAUAGAGCUGAGGAAAAAUGCUCCUAAUCCUGUUGGAGUUCUUCGUUCAAAAGCAACUGGUGAACCACCCCUCUGCAUGAGCAUUAGUGCUUUAUUUGCAAUACGUGAAGCGGUACUGGCAGCUAGACAAGAUUCAGGUCACUCCGCCAAGUGGUUUGAGAUGAAUCCUCCUGCUACCCCAGAAAAAGUUUUCUUUACCAGCCUGACAAGCUACAAGCAGUUUGAACUUUAAAAACUUACAAAAGUUAAUGGUGCUUCCAUUUUCUUAUUUAGUCUAAUUAUUUAACAAUAGUCAUUAAAUGAAUAUGCUUUUGAAACAUGAGUUUAUGUUUCAGUAACAUAUAGUAACAAUGGAGAGGGGGUUGAAUGGUUGUGGUAAGGACACUCCUCAUGAUAAUAUGAAGCACACUGAAAAAGCAAGAGCUAUUUGAUUUCUAUAUGCGCAUUAGAAAAGUUUUCACUAGAGAUUUGAGUUCCCUACAAACCUACUUCACAUUUCCACUCUAAAGGCCAGUCACUUAUAAACACUUUCAUAACAUAGUGCUAGCCUCUUAAACCCCAUUGCAUAGAAUAUCUCGAUCUAGGAGUUGAAUCAGUUGACAAUGGUGGUAUUGAGCUCCUCAUCACCUUCAGAUCAAUGUUUCAUGUCCAAAAAAUAUAACAGUGUCUAGAGCAAACUUGGAACUGUAGGAUGGAUGAUUGAAAAGUUCUCAAUGGAAAUGCUUCCCUAAGCCAUUGAUUUUAGAUGAUACAUGAGUAUUUUGCAAGAACAUUAACUGUAACUGAGUUGUUUAGUGCAAUAAAGUCCCAGCCCAAAUGGAAUUGGUGUUAACUGAAUGCUGAUAUGUAGCAGAGAUGUAAGCUUUAUAAAAAAUGAGAACAAAGUUUCUUGUGAUGACAUUCUUGUAUAAACCAUUCUCAGAUUUCUUGUCAUGUAAGUUCUUGGUAAAAUGUCAAGAUUUCUACAGUUACCACCUUAGUCUUCAUCAGGGGCAAUCUGUUGCUCCUGAUGAAGUCUGAUGCUUGUAAUCAUAGAAAGCUUGAGGUUUUAUAUGCAGAACUGAAAUGUCAAAAAUGUUUUUACAAAAUAUGAUUUUAAGACUUCACAAACAUCUAGUGUGCAAAAGCUCAAGAGGUAGUGUGAGUCUUUUCAAAUUUAUUCAUAUUUUAUUGUUACCUUCAUAGCUCUCAUGCAUAAAUUUGUAGUGGGCUGUGGUGGCUGACCACUACCUCAGCAGUGUUGGAUUGUGGCGCUGGCUCAUUGUCAGGAUGUUGGCAAUCAGUAAUAUAUAUGAACUACAUCAACAGCCAACUGACACUCUUAGUAUUCAACUGUAGUUGUUACAUCACCUUGGGCAUGUGCUGAUGGCAGUGUAGGGUAGAACUGCUGAAAUGGAAUGCCCAUGGUAGCAUGUAUGCUGGUCUGAUAUUGAUUUCAAUUCAAGGCAGGGUUUAUCUGCAUGCAAUGAAGCCUUCAAUGAUUCUCACAGCAGAAAACAGGCUCUAGCAAUGGGACCUGUCCCUGCAAGAAAUGGCAUUGUGAUAUUUUGCCUGCUCAAGUACAGACAGUUGGACAGGUACUCUGCUCUGGAGAUGAACUGCGGUCUUCCAAGGCAGUAGACCAGCUGUAGAUGAAUCAAGCCUUAUAUGGCUACCAGCUGGAAGAUACCAAGUCGCUGGAAUGGACAGUCGCAGUAAAUCAAGUUUCCAUAUUCUACCAGCAAAACUUUCCAUCAUUUCACUGUGUUUCUUUGUUUUCCAGGUAACUGCUAACAGGAAACAUUUUGCUAUUUUUUUUUUUUUAGCUUUCAAGAAGGUCCUGCUUUAAAACUUAAAAAAUCUGUGCCUUUUUUAAAAAAUCUUCUGUACAUCUCAAAAAAGGCAUUUUCUCACCUGUCAACCUCAAUGUUGCCAUUUGCAAUAGCUAACAUCCUCCCAACCUACAAUCUUUGCUACUGCUUCCAGGUCAUGCAAGAAACACACCACACCCUUUUUGGCUUACCAGAAAAGGGAGUAAUUAAAUUAGUGGGAGCUAAUCUGUUAGGGGACUAGUUGGCUUCGUCAAUAACUCCUUUUUCUUCUUAACUGCUAGUCAUCUAUGCAACUCUUAUUAUUUCCUGACAACUGUGCAAUCUGAUUAGCCAGCUGCUCGAUCACUUCCAGAUGGGAAACACCCUCUGUCCCAAACUGAGCCAGUGUGGAACCUUUAUUUACAAUACACAGCCAAUAGCAACACAAACCAAUAAUUUAUUCACUCAUAACCAUAGUGUACUGACUUACACCCUAAGCAUAAUCAUUAACCACUUUGAUUCAGUACACUGACUAACACUAUGGCCGUAAUGUGGCACAAAAAACACUCCACUGGUACAGACUCACAACGUGAGGCACUACCCACUAGUAAGUUGCACCAUGAACACCUCACUAGCUGCAAAUAGUGUUCCCUGAUGCUGCCAUGAAAUAGUGAUAUAUCAGCUGGUUGUAAUGGUUCACAAACAUAAUCUUCAUAUUCUGAAACUUGAACUUAGAAACCAUCUCCACUGUAUAUGAAAGUAGAAGAAACAAUGCAGUUAAUUCACUCACCACGUGGACGCUGAUAAUUGCAGCAGUGAGGUCAUCAUGCAAACAUCAGCAGUGGCAAUGGUCCAAAGUUCUGACUGCAACUAUAGUAGGCUGGGAUAGUUAGCCUCCACCUUGGCAGGAGUAAACGGAGGUGGUGGGCCACUGUCGGGACAUAGCCACUGUUAGUACAUGUAAACAUCAUCGGUAGCCAAGCAUUUUAAAUAGUUUCAAGUUACAACACUCUUGAUAUUGACCCACAGUGGUUAUGCAUCCUGGGCCUGUAUUGAUGGUAGUGAGGCCAACAGUUGCUGAGGCAGUGACCAGCUAAUGGCCAUCUUGGUAUCAGUGUAAAGUAGGACCACUGACACGGAACGCCCACACAAGUCUGGUGCGGUUCUACAACUCAGAGCAAAGACAGCCUCUAGCAGUUCUUCUGCAUAGGUACAGGCCUUUGAUUCAGUUUCAUCAAUAUGGACACAAACUGCUGCCAUUUAGGGCAAGAACUCAGCUGCAGCAGGAGCAAGCUCAAAGUGGCCCAACAGCUGGAAGGUGCCAAGUCCUCAUGAUCAGACUUAGCCACAGCAGUCAGCUUGUCGCUGGUGGAGGUGGUAGCUUGCAAAAUCAAGUCACUCUGUCACCUGGUUUGGACUUCCCAUUGUAGUACAUACUACCAAUUGUGAAUACUUUGGCUAGGAAUGAUGAGUAUUUAUGCUAGUUAGGUAGCCAUCUGUUCUGUCAGAACUGCUUCUGUCCAUGUACAUUGAAACAAGGUGGCAGCUAGUAGGCAUGACAACUACUCCACCAUUGCUAUGGUUGGCUCACUUUACUGCAAUGUUGGUGUUACUGCAAGUGGUGUCCCCUGUCUGGCAACCUACAAACCAACUAGUGGUAUUUCUGCAUCUAAUUAAAUGGUGUUUUGGGUCUGUUCUGAACCUGGCAUGACAUCUGUGGCUCAUUUGCGACAGUUGUGGCAGUACUGCCACAAUUCAGCAGCACCAGUGGACAAAUGUCAUGAAAUAUGAGGAUCGAUUGUUUGAAAAUCCUGUCUCAUGGCUCCAGUACUAUAAUUUAAUUACACAAUGAACUUACAUGAAAUAAAGCCAACUAAUAAAAUGAAAAUGAGAAAACAUGUGUCUUUCAAAUAUAACUUCCUUGGUUCCAAAAUGAAAUUUUCACUCUGCAGCAGAGUAUGUGCUGAUAUGACAUAUCGUGGCAGAUUAUAACUGAGUGCCAGACCAAGACUCAAACUUGUGACCUUUGAUUUUCGUGGCCAAGGAAGUUUUAUAAGUUUCUAGGAUCAUCACACACACACACACACACACGCACACACAUAAGUUAAUUGAUUAUAUUUAUUUCCAACAAGAGUACCAAAAUAGAUGAGGGAAGUUAUAGUUCCAUUCUAACUAGUUCCUUUCGUACCUUUCUGUGACAAGGGCAGUCAAAGUUUAUGUUAUUGACACUUUGCAACAGCACACAGUCACAAUGGAAUUAUUGUUGGUAGAGUUGUGGUUGAAUGGUCAUUACAAAUCUUCUAUUGUUUCUUUUUGCUAGUGAAUUUACAUUUUGUAUCCCCCUUUUCAGAGUACCGUAGUAACUUUAACAUAUGUUGCUGAGUUUGUCUGCACCCCUUUGCCCUUCUGUAGAUCUUCAUUCUGCCAUUACUUGUUCAAUUUGCUUCUGGGCAUGUUCCUGAUUGCGGCAAUUAGAUUCCUAAAUGGGAUGUAUCUCUCCUGUAUUCCAUUUGUUGCUGUGUUCUGGCUUGUAAUGAUGCUGUUCUAUAGAUGAACUGAGCCCAGAAGAAGUGUUACCUACCAAAUAAUCUGUCACCUUCAUGCUAUCAAUGAUACAUUUUAAUUCAACUAUUUUCUUUUAUGGUCACCCAGAAUUCUCUUGAUGCAGUGGACGUGCUAUGCAAUGCCACCAACUCUCACCAUAUGACUUCAAUUGUGUCUGCAGAGGGUUGGGGGCAGGAUGAGAGCUUUGUAGUAUUCAAGCUACAAAAUGACAUAACUGCUUUUUAAAGAACUCUUCUGUAUUUUGCUGCUGUUAUGCAAAAAUUGCAACACUGGAUGAACAUAUCUCCCGUUAGUCAGAACAACAUCUCCAAAUAAAAUUGGAGAGCAGAAUAAAGAGAAUGACAUUUAACAUUUUUCUUCAGCUUCUUUCAACUGUUUCUGGGUGUUAUCAUUGUACACAGUGCCUCUUGUUCUAUUUCUUUCAUGAUGCCAAUGCAUAAGUGACACCUUCACAACAGAUGGAAAUGCCCAAGUGCCGUCACACCUUGGUGACAUUCCAUACUCAUGUGUCUCAUGCCAACUCUGUACAUUCUUCAAACCAGCACAUGCACAGUGGAAAGUUCUCUAUAUGCCAACUACUUACACAAAGUUUUUCAUGAGCACCUUUCACCUAAUCACGAGGAAGAGGUGUAACAACAUGUUACACCACAGUUCUUUGCCUUCUCAUUCCUCACAAUUCUGGCAUGGACUUUGGGCUAUAGAAAUGAGACUACUAAUAUAUUUAACCACAGUUCUGAUAUGGUAGGAACUUUUUAUGGUAUGGCACGUAGCAGCUUCCUUUGUUUCUAUCAAUUGAUGAUUGUGUUUGCACUGCAGAGAGGGAGUCCAUUAUUAUUAUAUGUUCAGCUUGGAUCAUGUUACUGCAUCUUAAUAUGCUUUGAUGGCUAAAAAUUCUACCAGCUAAACCGACACCUCUAUUGGUAGUUGGAAAAGUUGUCUCUCUGUUUUUAUAACAUAUGUAGGUGCACAACCAAUAGUGUCAUUUGGACCCUGGCAAAAGCUUUCUAAACUGCUAUAGUUUAUCAGAUUAGUCUGUAUUGAUACUUUAAGUCCAGUAUCUGGUUGAUAUUCUCAAGAUGUUGCUCAUAAUAGGGUAGCAGAAAUGAUUUUUGAAUGUGAUCCUGAAACUUACUAGGAGUUCAAAAUACCGCACCAAUGAUGGUGUUUAUUUGUAGACAGAACAUUGGCUGAUGUAGCAUUUAGCUGUAAGAUUGCAGAUUUUAUUUAUCAGCAUAUUACCAAAGCAUCAUUGCUGUUUCAGAAUAAAUUUCCUGCUGAAAUAGUUUCUGUGUAGUUGAUAAAGGUGUUUCAACUGUUUCGAAUAAUGUGUUUGUCAGAGUGGAUCUUGAUUUUUCUGAAGGCUAUGAUACAUGGGGGGUGGCAACUGUGUUAGGUACUCAAUGUCUCUGUAUUUAGACUAGUGAAUGACUGCCUCAGGGGCGUUUUGCUGGAGACUGUACUGGGUAUUUUUCCCCGUUUCGCAGACUAAUUUUUCUUCUAUAACUAUAUCAUUUUGCACUCUACAUUUAGAGAAGUAAAAUGUAAACUUCAUCAUUCAACUAAAAUACCUCAUACUUAUCUACUGGCCUUAAAGUUAUCAAAAUUUAAUAAAACAAGUAAAACAACUGCUUCAGGCAAGUGCCGAGAUGAGAUUGUCCCCCCCCCCCCCCCCCCCCCCAACCAACCAAAACUGGCACAAGAAACUUUCUCUCAUCCUCAGGGCAUCAGCAAGUACUACUGUACAACUGUAGUGUGCUUACUAGGAAUGAUUAUUUUGGACAAUGCAUACAUCACUGCCAACAAAGAUUUUUUUUUUUUUUUGCCCCCUCAGGAAUAAAAUGUAUCACUUUCAGUAGAUGGUUUCUUUCCAGGACCCACUUUUCCAUGGGAAGGAAUAUACUCUUCUGUUACUGAGAAAAAUUUUAUUCUUCAAUUUGUUUCAGUUGUAGUCAUUCUUUCGUACAUUCUUCAAUUUUUUUUUCACUAUCACUAUCACUUUUUAUGUCGCUCAAACCCAAAUCCUGAAAAAUUUGAAUGCUCCUUGUCAACACAAAAAAUAGUAAUGGAAUGAAUUUCACCAAUACUAGGAUCAAUGAGUUUUGAAGCUGUUUUUGUUGGUUGUCCUUAGAAAAACAGUCUAGAUUGGACAAAUCACAUUUAUUGGCGACUGCUGUCCAUCCGAAGGUGAACCAUCUUGAGGCUGUACUCAAAAGUUAAUGUGUGGAGACAGCUUCACAGAGCAGGAAUUACAGAAGCUGUCAACUAUUGAAUAGCUGGUCUGUGGAUCCAUAUCCAUACAUCAGCUUUGGGUAUGGUCUGAAGAUGGUCUGCCUUUGGACUGCAACUGUUGACAAAUAAAAGUGAUCUGUGUUAUAUAGAGUGUUUUGCUACAUACAAUUGUGAAUAUUGGAUGCUGUUUUCCCAAAAUGUUUCUGAAAGUAUGUUUUUGUUUACUUUCUCUCCAUGUUGAAUGAUUACUGAAUCAAAAUCAUGACUUCUGUGAUUUGAUAAAUAAUCAGUACAUAGUGCUGCAUUCAUGCAAUUUUAUUCUGAGAUACCAACAGUUAAAUACAAAUAAUUGGUUCUUAAUGUUAGAAAAGGUUUCAUAUUAUAAAGGUCUAGUAUAAUAGAAGUAAUGUACACUGAGCAGAAUGAUAUGCUAUUUAACCUAUCAAAAUUAUCAUUUCUGAAAAUUAUACAAAAAUGAAUAUCUUCACAUUUACAAAUGGUUUUUUUUGGUACCCUCAUAUUUAGAACCAGAUUUGAUCCUAAAGAAAAUACAGGAAAUUUAGCUGUCUCAUUUAAUGUUACCUAGUCAAUGUAUGUUAUUCAUAAUUCAAAACUUUUAUUUUAUUGUUGCUAAAUCUUAAUUGUUUCAUGUCAAACAGCUCAUUGUUGUGAUUUUAUGGAUUAUUUAGAGGUAAAUCCUUUGUCAUUAAAUUUCAAGUAUGUAAGCCUAGACUCCUAAAAUAUUUUUCUAGUAGUCUCUCACAUUCUACAAUGACAUCUGUGAUGAUUUCCUGUAAAUAAUUAAGGAACUCCCAUAAGGGAAUAAGUAAAAAAAAAUUAAUAUUUUUGCUACUGUUGAAAAAUAAACUAUAUUCUAAAAAGUGAA